GGCGAGCAGCAGCGGCAGCAGUAAGUACAGCGAGUCGUCGCGCGCGCGCGCGAGAGAGAGAGAGAGAGAGAGAAAGAGCGAAUAAAGAGGGGGAGAAGGAUCGACGAGAAGAGAGCCGAAAGUCGCGUACUCGCCAUCUUGGACGAAUCGUACGGGAAAAGAGGCGACGAGCUGCGAAGUGGAAGUAGCGAGCGUAGACGAGGCGACGACCCGCAGCGACACACACACGCGCGCAGCGAGCAAGAGAGAGACAGUGAUAGAUAUACGGAGGCUCCCCAGUCGUGCUGCUCGUCUUCUGUGCGUGUGAGCGAAGGAGAGAGAGAGAGAGAGAGAGAGAGAGAGAAAGAACGAGAUCAGUAGUAGUGAACUUAGUGGCGUGUGUCUCGGCACAGGCAGGCGCGGCGCGGACACCGACGACUCUCUCUCUACCUGCGGAUCGAGAAAAAAAAAAGAAGUAACGCUCUGCCAAGGUACAAAAGUAAUAUUCCGGUAAUCCAGCAAGAGAACUGUUCGAGGCGACAGCAUUGUCCGCCCGCACACAGACAGACGUAUACGUAUACAAAGAUAGCGCUAUACACGGUCGUUCGCAGCACAAGCCAGCCGAGAGCAGCAGCAGCAGUCUAGUAUAGUAGAGAGCGAGCAGUGCGUGCGUGAGAGCGAGAGAGACGGGGGUGUGUGCGCGUCGUCCUGCAGCACCCGUCAACGAUUUCAGCAUCGGAAUACAAGUCUCUCAAGGAUAUAUACGUGGAAGCACAGCGCCAGAUAAUAACGUCUACUCGUCGAAGAACAGUAGUAGCAGUAGAGUGCGCUCUCAGCAGCAGCACAGCACAACGCAGGCACGUACACGAGAGCUGCGUCCCCUCGUCGCAGGCUCAGCUCCUUUCCGUUCUCGCAGCAGCAACGACGCUCUCCUCUCCGAAUCUGCUCUGGGACUUGCUAACGAGGCCCGAUUUUCUGGAAUCGUGAACCCAUUUGGACGGACCAAGACAAAGGGUUCGUUCGUUGGGUCUGAGUAGAUACUAAAUGGUUGCCUGCAGACAGCAUGUCUACUCUGUCGGGGAUUGUGUCGAAGGGGGAGAAAGGAAAGACAAAGUACCAAUCGAUAGAUAUCAAUAGUUUGUACAGGUCGAGCAGGGGAGAGUCUUUGGAACAACACCAGCAGAAGAAUACAGUACCCCGCAAACAUGGAAUGCAAAGCUUGGGAAAGGUGCCCUCGGCGCGCCGACCACCUGCUAAUCUGCCUAGUUUGAGAAGUGAGAUCAGUAGCAGCGAUCCAGCUGUCAGUUUAGUACCUAGCGGCGGAAGCGGUUGGGCCACGACCAAGGAAACAGCACCUACAACUAGUACCACAACAACAGCAAACACUCCAUCCGAUAACACUACUACCAACUCAUCACCCGCACAAUGUACAACAGGACCCACACCCACGUCUCUGACAUCACAACAGCAUCCACCACUGCCAGGGCAACAAAGCAGUACACAAUCUCCACAUCCAUCAGAAGCAGGGAACAAGUCAUCAUGGAGCGCAAUCAUGAGCAGAUCAGGAGAUGCUGCAAUUGGUUACGCGGGGCUUGUGGAGUCAGGGAGAGGUGUAAGAGGUGCUCUUGGACUGAGCUUCCUUGCCCAUCAGUCCCCGCAGUUCCAACACGAAUUUCCCAGUCUCAGCGGGCAGUCCUCUGCCUCAGUCUCAAAUCAGGGCCAGCAACAAACCUCCUCAACGGCUACAAAUGCAAAUGCUGCGCAGCACCAAUCAAUGCUGCAGCAACAGUCGUAUUCCCACAACCACUCAGGAGGUGGACCGACAGGUCAGCAGCCACCACAAAACCGAGAAAACGCACAAUACGGUCCUGGGCCAAGUCUACGUCCCCAAAGCGAAGGAAGCUGGAUCCAAGGUGGAAGUCGCAUACCGGCUGGGCAAGGUGCAGGGGGAGCAGUAGGAAUGGCCGGAAGUGGGAAUAUUCCGGGGGUCCAGGGCCCCCCGCUUGGCCGUGGCGGUCCAGCUCUAGGUUCAGAUGGUCCCGCUGGCGGACGACCGAACUCGGGCCCGUCGCCAGGCACGGCCAUGGGCCCGGCAGGCCAACAUGCCGGAGCACAGAACGAUCAGAACCAGCAGGUCGGACCCAACAUGCAUCACUACAGAGGCAUCAUUCCUCCAUUCAUGUAUAGAGGCAAUUUUCCAGCUGGUGGAAACUUCCAGGCACAGUUCCCUGCAGGCGGACCGAGACCCCGCUUUAACUAUCCGUCGGGUCGCGAGCCACCGCAGCAACAACAACAACAGCAACGUCCCGAACGUGAGGGUCGUGGUGGUCCGCCGCAGCAGCCCGUUGAAGAAGAAAUCGUACCGCGCCCUAUCAUCAAGGAAGAGGACUUGUCGCGCAUGGACGACAUCUCGCGCGACGCCGGCUGGACGGCUUCCGACGAUAUCGAUUACAAUCAAAAACUAGCCUUCAGCGACGACGAGGCAGAGAAUGAUUCGGCUCCGCCGCCGUCUACUCAUUCUGGCCUGCCAAGCAAGUCUAAACCGUCGGACGAUGUUCGUAAACAGGAGCAGCAGGAUAAGCAUGCUCUCGGCCAUGGUCAUGGUCACUCUCAUCCAAAUGAGGACAAACAUUUGCAUGAUGAUAAAGAGCCGCCACAGCAACUCAAUGCCCGCGAUCACUUGAAGCGCGAUGAUCAGAAGGAGAGCGUUGGUCCCGGUAACAGGAAUGAGCCCAGAGGCGAAAUGCAGUCACUGCGCUCGUGGAAUAACCAGGGCCCCGUGCCUCGUGAUUAUCGUGGACCACCACCAUCUAACUACCCGAUACCACAACAACCACCUUUGAGAACUGUACACUCCGUAAGAGAUGAAGAAGAAGAACUGUGGCACCAGCGUCGCCGUGAGCAGGGUGAGAAGGUCGCAUCAGCUGUAGAGCGCGCUCGCCAGCGCAAAGAGGAAGAAGAGAAACGUUUUCAGGAAAUUACAAAGCAGGCUGCAGCUAAGAAACUCCAGGAUCUGGAAAACAAGCUUAAAGAGAAGCAUAAGCUAAAGGAUGACGAUCACCAACAUUCGGGCAACGAGAGUGGCGGCAGCAAGUCUGGCCCCGUGUCAGGUCCGGUUAUACCCGUGCCCGAGUGGGAAAGGGAGCGCGAGGGCCGCGAGCGUUCACGUACUUCGUCCUCAGAAGGUGUUGGAGCCAAGGACGAUAUCAAGGCAGCAGGCCGUGGCGAUUCUCAAUCAUCAUCGAGUCAACAGUCACAAAGUGAGUUCCGCCAGAUAGACCGUCCUUCUUUCAUGCGCCAGCAACAGCAGGCUUCUGCCGAGCAGUCGACCGGCAGCGGCGGCGGCACAGGUAGCAUCCGCAACGAGCGUGAUCGCGAGCGUGAGCGUGAGCGUGAUCAGCGCGAGAUGAGGGAGCCUGCCUUCUCCCGGCACUUUCAGAGCAAUCUGCCGCCGAGAUUCCAAAAGCAGCAGGCGGAGAGAAGCGGCGCCGGUGCAGGUGGGGCUCCCAAUAGCCGGCUGUCCCCCAGCGCCGAACGCUCGCAGCCAGUUUCAUUUUCGCAGCAAUACGACCCAAGUCGAUGGGUCCAUAACCAUUCUAACUCAUUGAGCAGCAGCAUGAAGUCCGGACAUGCGCUCUCGGCUCCACCGCGUCGUACGCGCGCCGACUCUGACGUCUCGGGACCGCUUGACGAUGACCUGGGCCCCGGCGGCAACAGCAGGCCUGGCCCUCGGGCCCCGCCAGCCCCGCGCUCCGAUGAGCGACACCGACACUCUGGUAGCGGACGUUACGAACCUGCUAGAAAGCAGGGCUCUGACGGAGGCUACUAUGACGACUACCCACCACGCAGGUCUGAACGGGGUGAUCGCUACAAGGACUAUGAGUAUGACGACAGACACGGCAGAGACGGAAGAGAUACUGGCAGCUGGGCAGAUCAGCAUCCUGACCGCCGAUACGAUGAUAAACCAGAGGGCAGAGACGCUCGUGAAGGGCGGGAUGGCAGAGAUCUUAGAGACAGAGAUCUCAGAGACAAGAAAGAUUAUGAUAAUUACUCUAAGGGUCCAACAUCGCAAGACUCAUUCGACGACCAACCACAAGCCAGCCAACAUGGUCGUGGCGAUUCAAGCGGACCAGAAUGGCGUGAAGAACGUCGCGACUUGCGCUCGCAUGACGAUCGUUCCGGCUCAGCCGAAAGCAAUCGCCGUAGUGGUGGCGAGUUGUCGCGCUCGGGUGACGAGCUGCAGCGCAGCGAACGUCCUCAGCGCCCGGACUCACGCGACAGCCGAACUUCCCGUGAAUCCAGAGGCUCGCUCCGGACUGCCGAUGACGACUUUCACAACAACAAGUCGUCCCGAGACAGUGGUUCCUGGGCGGCUUGCAAUGAUUUUUCCGAUUACGAAGACAACAAGAAACAACAGCAGCAUAUUUUUCGCGAGGACAUACGCGAUCGGGACCGGGAUCGGGAUCGCGAGGGACCGCCGCCCCCGCGCGACCGUAGACAGCCGUCAGGUCCGGUAACUAAAGAUAAGCUUGACCAGGAGGAGAUUAAACGCGGCGGACUUGCUCAGCUGAAACGCAACGAGCCGCUAGACAAGAAGGAGCCUGGCAAGCCGACCGACCAGUCCCUUGACACUAAAAAAGAUAGCAGUGAAUUAGCCUGGAAUCGCGGUAAACCCGAGCGUACGCCUGAGCCCCGUGAAACCAAGAGCACUGCUUGGGCGGAUGCAGUUUCGCCCACUUUUGAGAAGGAGGAAGAAGAGAAACGCAUGAUGAUGGAGUCACAGCACAGCAAUGAUGACGACAAGAAAUUGGCCCAGAGCAUCGAGAAGCUGAGCAUUGAUGGUGGCAAGCGCUUGGCGGGCAGCGACCUCGAGGCUACACACAACGACACUGACAAAGAUUCUCUCAAGGAUGAUAAGCGCGAUAAGAACGCGCGUAACCGAGCUAGCAGCAGCGGCUCUCGUGGUCCCCGUGGCGGCGAGUCUCGUGCAGCCCGUACAUGGGGCAGCGGUGGCGGCAACGGCGGCACUGGCUCCGGUACUGUUAGUAGUGGAACUGGUGCAGGGAAUGCAAACAGUGGUGCUAACGCUGGAAAUGCCGGAGGCGCCUUUAACAACAGUAACGCUUACGGCCAGCGAACUUGGCGAGGUGCAGAACCUCCUCCAGCUCGCGGACGCCGAGCAGCCGGUCCUCGAUCUAUGGGAGGUCGGCCAGGUUCCGCUAAGAGUGGAACUUACGAUCGCACUGAUUCAGAGCUUAGCGGAGACGAGUUGGUUUCGGGCUCCACUGAUUCCACCAAGGAUGAGAGGCGACCCUCUGCAGCAAGAUCGCCUAAGCCGUCUGCUCCUAAAGGUGAGAAGGAAGAGCGCAAUCGCAACGCUGCAUCUUCGAGGAAAGAAGAUCAACUACAGCAACAGAAUCAGCAGCAACAACCUUCUCGCGGCGGAGACUAUCAACGGGAAAAUCAAAGAGAUAACCAGAGAGAUAAUCAAAGAGACAACCAGAGAGAAAAUCAGAGAGAAAACCAAAGGGAAAACCAGAGGGACAGCCAAUCACGCAAUAAUAAGCGUGCUGAAGGUGCAGCUGAUUUUGCAGAUUCACGCGGAUCUGGACGACCAAGUCGAGAGGGCUUCGCCCCGUCAGGAGAGCCUUCGCGCCGCGGUCGCGGUGGGUUUCGCAAUAACCGCGGAUCAGCCAGUACAACUGGGAGCGCCGCCAGUGGGCGCAUGGAGGGUUACGGCCCGCCGCCCAGCAAAAGCCCCUUUUCCUCGGACAGAAUUGACGAAAACAAUAGUGGCAAGCAGCAACACUCAUCCACUCCUACUCCCUCCGAGCACGAAGACGGCGGAAACGCGACUAACCAAUCCGAGUCCACUGACGAUAAAAUCAUUGCCAAGCAACAGGCCUUGACUGCCGGUAUUACCGGUAGACAUGCCAAGUCGCCUAACCAGCUUAACGCCGCUAACCACGAGGGCAGCGGUGGUAACGCUCGAGGCGCCAAGAAGGAGGAUUCAAGAUCCAAGAGAACGAGGAGUGGAAGCAGAAGAGGCCGCGGAGGCGGUGGUGCUGGAAGCGAGCAUCGUUCGCGAGGCGUGAAUAAUGCCAACAAUAAAAACGAACUUGGUAAUGAAGAUUGGGAAACGACAUCUGAGAACAGCGAGGAGCACGCUGAUGACAGGAAACACGGUAGCCGCUCUGGCAAGUCAUUCGGAAGCAGGGGUGAAAGAAGAGAAAAUGCUAACGCCGUCGGCAACAAUGCACAGCAGCAUCCCAGAGAGCCUAGAGAGCCAAGAGGUAACAGAGAGAACAGAGAGAACAGAGAACCACGAGGUGAGAAAGGCGGUCAAAAGUCUUCCAAUGCGCAGUCGAAUCGUGCACCCGGUGGUGGCGAAAAAGGUCGAAAUGCUCAGAACGCCGCUGAACGCGCGGGCAACAGAGACAACGGCCAACGUAAUCAUCACUCGGGAAAUAUUCCACCGCUAAUGCAGAACUCGCAAGCGCAAAAUGGUAGACCUAGAAGCCAAGGCUCGGCUAAUGCUGGACCCAUCAACAACAUGAAGUCCUCCAUCAUCAACAAAGAUUCUACGGUGAACAGGAUCGAUGAGAUAAAGCUGAACGAUCCCAACCUAGUGAAUCAGGCACUUAACGACAUCAACACUAAGCAGUCAAAGGACAAGCGCGGUGGUAACGCACCCGACAUGGAUGUCGAUAGUAACUGUAUAGAUGACGGCAUGAACGCUGGCGACGAAAAGAUCGAUGCCGAUGGCUUCCAGGAAGUCCGCUCAAAGAAGAACGUCAAAGAGUCGAGCCGCCAGCAGCAGCAAAAGGAGGAGCAACAGCAAAGCUCGAAACCUGGACGUCGCGAUCGGGACAAGGACCGUGGUGAGCGCGACCGCUCGAAAUCCAAGACCAACGGUCCCCAAUCUCAACAGCAACAGGGUCAGCAGCAAGGCCAGAACAUCCCAUCUCUUCUUGGACAACCUAUCGGUCAGGCCGGUGCUGGUGCUCCGCCUAAGCAAUACGAGCGCAACGCCAGUCGCCAGAAGCUAGCGCCACGCUUCCAAAAGCAGCGACUAGCCAAGCAGCAGCAACAGCAGCAGGCCGGUGGAAACGAAUCCAGCGAUUCUGCCACUGGUAAGGCACAAAACCAGCAAGCCAAUACAAUUAAAGAUGCGCCUGGCGGUGUGGCGCUCCCUCCAACCGUCAAUGCUUGGGAUAAACCGUUCACAGGUGGAUCCUCGAGCCGCUCGCCCCCGUCGCCGGCUGCCGCAGCGGUGCCAGCCGACAUCCAGCUGAUGUCGGGCCUGACCGGGCAGAACAGCGCUGCAGCCGAGCACGAGGCCGCCGGCCACGCCGACUCGCAGCAGCAGACGGGGGCCACGACCGGUAACAGCCAGCGCAACUCGCCCAACUGCGACAAAGUCAGCAGCGGUAAGCUUGCGCAGGUAAAGGAGGCCGGCGGCCCUGGACAGGACAAGGGUGGCCAGGACUCCUCCUCACCCCCGGUACAAACCCUCAUAUUUGAAAACACCAAUUACUCGAAAAACACUAAGAAUAGCGUCGGCUCUGCCGGCGAUAUGGCCAUCAAGUCCAAAUACUCGAACCACAUUAAGGCCCAGUCACGCGAUAAGCGAGCUAGCGACAUCGAGGAUGACAACGCACAGCUGCAACAGCACCAGCAGCAGUCACUGGCGGUAGCGUUCUCCAGCAAGCCCAACGAACUGAUGAAGGACAAGCUGCCCCAGCAGCAACAGGAGCCAAUACAGAUGCCGCUCUCAUUUAACAACAAGGAGGACAAUGCAGACAUGAAGCUGGACUUCACGUUCGACUCAGAUCUGUCGCAGCUUACAGAAGAUAAGAGCAAGAGUCUUGGUAUGCCUAGAUCUAUGCACAUCACCGGCGGUCAGAGCACGAUAUCUCCCUCUACAGCUGAGCUCAAUCUGAAGAUAGCAUCAGUUAAGAAGGUUUGGGAGAACGCUCCGCCAAUGCCGACAGUGGUUGAGCAUGAGGUAGACGGCAGCGUGGUCAGUACGGCGAACAGUUUCCCCCAAGCUUUCGAAAGCAAUGAUGUCGAUGACAGCUACAGCGCUCAUCAACAGUACAACCAGGCUAACAUGAAGAAUGAGAUCACCACCUCGACGAAUGUAUGCAAGCUGGUUCCCCCGCAGGUGAAGCCGCAGCAACAGUCGUCCGGUGGCGGCGGAGCACAACCUGGCUCCUCGGUUCCCGGACCUAGUCCCAUUGGACCUGGUCAGAGUCCGAUCGGUCAUCCACCAGCUAGCCUCCAGGGACCUCUUAGUCCUCCGCCCUUCAAUUCCACCGGACAGCCAUCACACAUGAAUUAUCAGGAAUUUGCGCAGUACCCGGGCUCGCAGCCGGCUCAGUACGGCAGCAUGUCGGCAAUCCCUUCGCCUCCAGCCGUCCUCUUCAACACGGGCUCAGGCCAGCUGCCCGCCCAAGCAGGCGGACUUUACGGUGCAUUCCAACUGGAUCAGAGCAGAUCGCCCUUCACCCAGUAUCCGCCGUACGCAGCUUCGCUACAGAGUUCGUUCAACCAGCAGAACAUGUACUUGCAGCAGCCACCGCCGCCACAUGCACCCAACGCACCCACUCCUGACAUUUAUCAAAACAAUUUAUCGCAAUAUCGCCUCACAGCUGCAGCUGCACCUCCAUUCGGACAGAAUCAGCAACUAAGUAAUAACCCGAAUACCGUACUUAUCAGUUCGUCAUCUAAUUCUCUGAUGUCAGCCACUGUUAAGCCAUCUUCCCAACCGAUUGGUGCUAUUGGCACAAAAGCUCCACACUUUCAGGCACCAUCAGCUCCUCCACAAGCAAGCCAACUGACAUACAUUCCGUACGAUCCAAACCAAGUGUUGGGAGUGAGUGGCAGUUACAUGGGUAAUUCACAGCUAGUUCAGAGACCAGGACCGAACGUUCAACCGUCGGCGAACAACUAUUACAGCGCGACUUCCGCUGGUAAACCUAACAUGUGCUUAUACGUUUUCUCUGGAUCGCAAACGGGGUUUUACCAGCCCGGUGGUGCGGCCCAGCAGACCGGAGCUCAUUACAGCCUGCAGGGGUUUGGCCAGCACAGCCAAAGCCUGGCAACUGGUAAUGCACCACCCGUAGGACUACAGAAUUUCGGCUCACAAUUCCUAUCCGGUUCGGGUCUGCAAAUAGCUGCUGCAGCCGCGGCUCAGCAGUAUCGCAACCCCACAGGUGGACUACCAGGCCCAGCUAAUGCAGCCGCAACCUUUCUCAGCAAGCAUCAACAACAGGAGCAACCACGACAACUGAAAAGUCCUUCGGGAAAUCAGCAAGACGUAAUAGCUUCGGUCUUUAGCUCAACGUCACCAAAAUCGAGAAAGCAACAGUCAUCUUCUCAGCAACCACAGCCGAGUCCGACUCAACACCACAAAUUCCAACAAUAUCAGGGUGUCAGUCAGUCGGCUCUGGUAAGCAGCUACCCUAACUACGUUUUACAGCAACAGAACGUGCGAGGAAUGGGAGGAAUGCCGCCGCGGGGUGGAAUCCAGCCGUCUCAGCAGCGUUAUCCCCCACCAAUUCAGCGACCCGUAGUGCCCUUCCCACCGGGACCCAACCCAAAUAACUCACAGCAGGGCCAGCAACAGCAAAACUGUAUGCCGAAUCAGCAGCAGCAGUCGCAGAUGAACCGACAUAGGCCUAACAUUCACCAACAGCAGCAACAACAACGCAAUAUGAAAAUGCAACAGCAAUAUUAUUCGGGACAAAGCAACGUGAAGAUGGAUUCCAAUGAUAAAGUGGAUUCACACAAUGAUAAAAUUUCUGAUAACAAUGCUGGAAACCAAUCUAGCGGAAACAAAAGUAAUGCCAAUCCACCAGAAAGCGACAACAAAGAAGAAGUAAGCCAACAAAACGAAUAAAGUGAGAGAUUUUAUAUCGUCGAUGAAGGCUUUCACAAGCUAACGUUAUACACAAAUAUAUCUUCAAUCACUGAAACACGACACAUUAAUGAAUCGUAAAAUUAUAAUUAGAAAGGACUGGUCUAUCAAAAAUAUUUCCCGGCUUGGAAAAAAAUAUACGAGGUUCUUAACCCUCAAUGCACGAUAAUAACGACGAAAGCAUGCAAGAGUGAAUGGUGCGAACUUAUUUCUACCGCAUCCAAAGAUAGAGAGAAAAAUAUGAAAAAUGAACUUUAUGUCGACUUAUUCGAUCAGAUAACAGAAAGCUAAAAUCGAGUUGACUAUAAAGCCAUAAAAGCAAUUCCUUUUUAUUAAAAUUUGGUCAUUCAAACUAAUGACGCUCAAGUGUUGAAAAUUCAGCGGCAUGCCGUCUAAAUAGUAUUAACAAGUUUAUCCGACUAAAGUUAUGUCGAACAAUUUCGAUAUCGGUGGGAAUAAGGUAAAAAAAUAAUAAUGAUAAGCAAGUGUAAAGUUACUAUAUAUUCUGCACAGCGUGAAAUUUCGAAGCCAAACGCCUCCGAAAUGCGGGCUGUAAAUUAUCCUGCCUAGAUCUUUGAAACAUGCAAACUCUCGAUUCCAGAGACAUUUAUUCAGACAAAGCCACAUAGCGAUGCAAAGCGACUCGUCAAUGGUACGUUAAGCGCGAGGCGACCACGAAAGAAAAAAGUGCUAAAAGUGUUUUUUUUCUUCUUAUAAACGCAUGGCAAUUGACUUUAAAAGACUGUCUUUUGCUUUGUUAAAAAGAAAAAAGUGUAAGACUCGACUUCAAAGUACGAAUGUGUGAUGUGGUCGCUACUUUGUAUGGUCCUUUAAUAAAAGUAGGAAAUAAUUGUUUACAGUAUCGUUCGCAAAUCGACAAUUGACCUCGCCUUUCGCACAGGUUACGAAUUAUUCACCAUUUAUAGCUGUGUAAUGCUUUUAAAUAUCCAAAGUGCAGCAUAAGACUCGCUAUAUUGCCAAGGCUGAACAAAGAUAAAAAAUGAAAAAGCUACUUAUCUGAAAAAGAAAGAAUUGUACAUUUUCCGUUAUCGUUCUAAUUAGAUCGUCUAUUAAUAUUAUUAUAUUAUUACUAUUAUUAUUAUAUAUAAAGACGAAACUGAGAUAAUGAAUAAAAGAUAAUCGUUUAAUUAAAAUAAAUUCCCAUCGUUGCAUAGUUUCUAUUAUAAACCGGUUGAACGCGAUAUUUCACAGCCUUUGAAAUAAAAUGACGGCUACACAACGGGUAGAGAGACUGGAUCCGAUUUUUUUCUUUUCUCGAGGUUUGGAAUCUACUGCCAGUCGUUUCGGCGACAUCCAAUAUGAAUGUUUUUUCACGAUAAGUAAUAAGCGAAAGUGCGAAAAAUUGCGCGUCGCGUUGUAUCGCGAAAUCGCAAUGAUAGAAGAGAAAAAUGAACGGUAAGAAUUUUGAAUCUUAAACGUACCAUCGAUUCGAAUGUUGUGUAAUGUCGAAUGUCUUUGAGAAAUAACUAGAAAAAAAAAAUGAAAAAUUCGGUACAUCAUGUAACUUUGUUUAUAUAAAAAAUAUCUAUUACCUGGAUAUAUCAGAAAAUAUAUGAAAAAGAUGAUUGUGACUUGAUACAAAGUAAACGUACAUACGUAUGACACGUAAUAUCGGCUAGUAUUUGGCAAACUGCAUGUUCAUCGCGAUCGAUCGAUAUCGUGCGUGAGAUGAUAUGUUUCUCGACAAAGCCGAUAUUAUCGAUUUUAUGGACAAGAAAAGAGAAAAAACUAGCGAAAGAUUCUUUUUUCAUACUACUAUAACUAUUAUAAUAACUAUUAAUAAUUAAUUAUCAUUUUUCCUAAUUGUUUUAAUAUACAUUUGCUUGCACGUGUACAUUCAGCGGGGAAAAACGCUGCUACUCGAAUGGACAAAAAUGCGUAAUAUCUUACUUGUAGAAGAUUGCGGGAGUACUUGGUUAAUUUUGUAAUUAUGCCUAGUACUAAAUAUGAGAUGGCACUGUCUUUUUUUCUCAACAAAGUGACAAAAAUUGUGUCCAAGGCACAUGCGGGUAUCGGUGCGGGGGUCUGUUCUUUUUUUUUUAUUGUAAAUGUAAAGACUGGCUGCCGACAAUGUUUGGUAUUAAGAAGCGAGAUUUAUUUAUGCAAUAUAAUUAAUCGAGAUAAGAAAAGUCUCUGGAGCUGCAAAUCUUUCUUUUUUUCUACUAUUAUUAAUAUUUUAUUUUAUUUUAUCUUUAAAACAAACAGUUUAUAUAUAAAUGUGUCCAGUGAUAAUUGAUAAGAAUGAGCGCAUGCUGACUUUGACGAAUGAUUAUUACUGCGACUGACAAUACGUGUCCUGUAGAUAUUGUUUUACUCGAAAGACUGAACGUUGUGUGUCCGUGAAUUUAAAAAGUGAGGAGUAGGAGAAGAAGGUGUAAUUGUAAAACGAAUCUAUUUAGCUGCGAUAGUCUUUGUUUAUGUAAGUUAUCGUAAGCCAGUGCGUUAAGACAAGAGACUCCGUAAAUCUAAAAGAUAACGCAAAGUUGAGAGCAAGAUGCCACAAUGUGUCUGUUGCUCCGAAGACUAACUAAUUAAUGAAAACGAUGAAAAAUAAAAAACGCGGAAAGACAGACCCUUGAAUCAGCCCCUAAAGUGCCUGUAAAUUUUAACUGUUCUUGAGUGAAACUCGAAACGUUUACAUUCUAAUAAAAAGAGUGUAGAUACACAAAAAAAAUGAAUAAAAACCAAUAGCUGAGUUAUUAAAAAAAGAAAAGACCACAUACAAUCGAGAAAUGAGAGAGAAACGGCGAACACGUAAUUUUUAACUUUUUUAUUUCUUUCGUUACAUUUGAAUUUGCCUGUCCAGACUAUAGAUAUUGUCUUCGCGAUAAAAAACAGAAGUUAUAAUUUUUUUUUUAUUUGUUCGUUGCACAUGACGCGGGAACGUCUACGCGACAACCAUUGACCAUUUUUUUUUGUCACCGCUACUGUACACGGUUCUAUUACGUUUCUGUUACCGAUAGAUUAAACAAAAAAUAAUUUUGAGUUUUCUCCUUGAUUUCUCCAUCUCUGCAUUAUAAGCGUUUAUAAAGCGUCAGAAGUAAGCAAGAGAAAGUGACUGUAAAUUGUACUUUUGAAAUAACGAAGAAAGGAAUUACGGUGGUAGGCUGUAUCGCGAUGCAUGUACACGUCGAUAAUCAGUAGAAAAUAAUUGAGUUACAAAGCUUUCAGGUUGAUUCGACGUAUAAAGACACAGUGUCUUUCUCGAGUCUAUUUUUCCCUUUGCACGACUCAAUUUUUUCUUUACUAAACUCAGUGAUACAAUAAAUACAAAUGUCCUUUAUUGAUUUCUUUUUCUUUUUUUUUCUUGUCAUUUUCGGCAAAGAAUGUUAACUUCCUUGUAUAAUCUCUGGGAUGAGGGAUAAAAAAUUGAGCACGAAAAGGCGUUAAUAAUUGUAUGGAAUAGACGAAGGAUUAUGAAGCGAUGAGAAAGAAUUUAGCUUUUAAUUUGACUUUGUAUAGAUAUUUAAGUGGUAAAAAAGAAAAGUUCGCGAGGUAUUUUCAUGUCUGCGGGAAGCUGAAAUCGAUUUAAGAAGUAACGAAAAAAGGUAAUAGGAGAGUUGUAACUGAAUUGUGUAAUGCUAAUAGGAAAAGACUAAAAAGUUAAAAGAAUUGUGAGUAUGCUAGGAAAGGCAGAUGGAGCGUUAAUAUAAUAUAACUUCAUCGAAAUCAUUUUGUCGUAUCGAUUAUUACUACUUAGACUUUAAUAAAUGGAAAAAAAUAAAUUAUAUACGAAUCUAUAGAAGACACGCCGUUAAAUGCAGGUUUUUUCCUUCGAAACAAUUUGUAUAUCCUCUUGUACGAUGUUAUAUCGAUAUUGCGGCAGAGUGGAGGGCACCGACGCUAAUUUAUACAUAUAAUGAUAAUGGUAAUUAAGAAAAAAAUUAAGCAUCAAUGCGUACGGAGAGCGAUAUGUUGUAAGGAAAAAGAAAGUGAUUUCGGGCAAACGAUGAUGAUUUUUCUAAGGAAGCUAUGUUUUGGCGAAAAAAGGGAGGGGAAAAAGAAGUAGUAAAUUAAGCUUAGACGUUGGAAAGCUAGUCGACGUGCGAAAGGCAAACAUAACAAAAAUAAAGCGAAAAAUAGUGCGCGAGAUCCUGCAAUGACUUUUUCAAAGCUCGUAAUUGUCGUUUCUUUGUUUACAAAAGAUAGGCAAGUGGGGUUUAGUGAGCGAUAAUGAUCGUAGAAGAGUCAGAGGAUAAAUAAAUUCAAAGUAAGCAAACACCUUUAUCAAUGAAAAUUCGCCAAUCGCGACCGACACGUAUACACACCAGGCGCACCGUGAUUUCUAAUUGUAGGACAGUUUAUUGGAAGAGGCAAAGUCAUUAGGAGAAAAUAACAUCAGCUACCCAAGGAGUAAAUGAAAAAAAAAGAAUCUUAUAUGGUAUAACGAUCAUUGUAAUGGACGAUUCGAAAGUGGGAAAGAAGAAAAUUAAAAUAAUGCAUAAACAUUACGCUUGCGGUGUAAUUAUUGUCUUUAGCAGCAAUGAAUUGUAAAUUAAAAGGUGGUUGCAGUCAUAACCGAGUGACUUCUCAGUAAGCGCUUGGUUUUGAUUACAACCUGACUCUAAAAAA